AUGACCGAGAAUGAGCACUCUGCGGCUUACCACGGCUCCAUUCCGACCAACAACCUGCAUCCUGGCAGCACGCGUUCGUCCUCUGUCACAAUAAUUCCCACCACGCCAACUCCUGCCCCGUCCAGCGGUUCGCGCCAGAGCAUUCCCUCGCGUCUUAGCAUCGACAGCACCCAUCUUCCACCCAGCUCAUUGAGAGAUGACUCGCAAGUUUCGCCCACCACGUCGACUGUCGCCGCUCAAGACGCCAUGUCGCCCUCCUCCAUCAACUCCAACAACGAGCGCCGCUUCAGCGACUUCAAUAAUUAUCGCCGCGAUCUAGCCGUCCUCGAUCAGCCUCGGGCCAACUCGAACGCCAGUAACAACACGGCGGCCAGCCAGAUUGCGCCCUGGAUGUCCCACAGCAGCUCCGCGCCUGGUGGCCACGCCAAUUCGCUACCCAUGAGCUUCUACAACGAUUCUACCGAUAGCAUCUCCGUUUCUUCCCAGCAAAUGUCCCCGGCUCUGCCCCAAUCCGCUUCUCGCACAGGCCAGCUAUCCGUGAGCUACGACUCGCCCGACGCCAAUUACUAUAACCAUGAUGCGAGGAGACCGUCUGCUGCUAGCGUGGCGACCACGGCCAGCAGCCAAGGAUCCAAGGCUAGCGUCCCGCGGGGCGGAUUCCGUAAGCUCCAGGGAUUCUUUGGCGAGGAGUUCCCCGGUCGCGAUAGUUCAGAGAGCAGCUUGCCCGGUUCAAUAGGAAAAGACCAGCGCUCGCGAUCCUAUAGCCAUACGCGCCCUGGCCAGGAGCGCCACUACUCAAACGCUACCGACAGAGAAGCUUCGCCUGCUUCGUCCCGGCCGAGGACGCCUGUGCCUGCGCCCGAGGUAGUACCAUUCCUUUAUCAAGAUAAUACGGACAUUGCACGUUACGGAGAGGCCCCGGUGAGGGAUACUAUGACUGGACCCGAUCGAGAACGAUACAUCAACGACGGCUCAUCUCGCGAACCCCCACCCAAGACCUCCUCCUCCGCCAGAUCUGGUCACUCCAUCUUACCAGGCCACCACCACCAUCAUCACCAUCAUCGACACAACAAGAGCAAUGAUGAUCCCCGCACUUUGAGACCAACAACGAGCCGUGAAGACUCCACCGUUAGCCUGCAGCCUGCCCGCGACCGAGGAAUGGCCUCGGCCAUGUACAAGUCCAAAUCGAGGGCCCAGAGCCCGACCCCCAGCGCCCAGAGCGUGCCCCCUGCGCGGUCAACCCAAAUAGAUGGCCAUGCAUCACCGGGUCAUGGCAAGCGCGGCAUUUUGGGGCGCCUGCGGAGAAACAAAGACAAGGAAGAAAACGGUUCAAGGCUGCGAGACAUGCCUCAAUCGACAAAGUCGCUCUCCAACAAGCUCUCCAAAGCCGACUUUGGUCGAGCCGAAACGCCCUCACCGAUCCCGCCCGAGUGGAGCGCUGGCACGCCAGAUAUUGCACCCCCUCGGUCGACGACGUUCAAUAACAAGUUUCCAUUCUCCAAGAAGAGCCGAAACUUUAGGCAACCCGACUACAACGACGAGGCGAUUGGGCCAACCGAGCACCGAGCCGCCGGCCACGUCUAUCACCUUGAUACAAAUCUCAAUGAUAUGGAAGGCAUUCUGACGAAACCCCCUCCUCUGACACCGUUGGAUUCCUCGUUCCUAAAGAGUCUAGAAGGAGAAAUUGACACUGGCCCCCCUGAUCCAAAGGGACAGUGGGAUGCUCCGGACAGCUGGGCGGUGCGCCGCAAUACUGAGGAUAACACGGAAGAGGCGCCCGAGGCUGAAGAAGUUGUCUGCCCACCUCGUCCAGAAGAAAAGAUGUCGCCUUACUGUAUUCGCAUAUUUCGAUCUGAUGGCACUUUCUUGACGCAUGCAAUGCCUCUCGAUUCUACCGUUAGCGACGUCAUCACGCAAGUCAUGAAGAAGACAUAUGUUGUCGAUGGCCUCGAAAACUAUCACAUUAUAAUGAAGAAGCACGACCUCAUCCGUGUCUUGACUCCCCAGGACAGGCCGUUACUUAUUCAAAAGCGCCUAUUCCAGCAAGUUGGUUACGAAGAGAAGGACAGAAUUGAGGAUCUUGGCCGAGAGGACAACGGCUAUCUCUGCAGAUUCAUGUUCCUGUCGGCGCGUGAGAGCGACUUCCACUCUAGAACCAUGGACCUCAGCAUGUCACAAAACCAAAAGCUCAACUAUGUCGACUUGUCAGCCCGCAACCUCGUCACCAUUCCUAUCUCUCUUUACCUCAAAGCGGCAGAUAUCAUCUCCCUUAACCUGUCGCGGAACCUGUCUCUAGACGUACCGCGAGACUUCAUUCAGUCUUGCAAACAACUACGAGACAUCAAGUUCAACAAUAACGAAGCGCGGAAGCUACCACUGAGCCUCAGCAGAGCAGCUAAGCUCACCUACCUCGACGUAUCAAACAAUCGCGUCGAGCAACUCGAUAAUGCCGAAUUGGAUACCUUGACGGGUCUCUUGAAGAUGAAUCUUGCGAAUAACCGGCUAACACAUAUUCCGCCCUACUUCAACGCUUACCAGGCCCUCCGAACGCUCAAUAUUUCCUCCAAUUUCCUGGACACCUUCCCAACCUUUAUCUGCGAACUGCAAAGCUUGGUUGAUUUGGAUCUCAGCUUCAACUCGAUUGGCGAACUGCCUGACGAGAUCGGCCAGUUGAAAAACCUUGAGAAGCUACUGAUUACCAACAAUCGACUAGGCAGUGAGAUGCCUGAAACAUUCCGAGAUUUGAUUAGCCUGCGUGAGCUUGACAUCAAGUACAACCAUAUCACCAACAUUGAUGUCAUCUCAGAACUGCCGAAACUGGAGAUUCUGUACGCUGCUCACAACCAAAUUUCGUCCUUUGUUGGUGGUUUCGAGCGCAUUCGUCUGCUCAAGCUCAACUCCAAUCCUCUGAACAAGUUCGAGAUUAUUGCGCCUGUACCCACUCUCAAAACCCUAAACCUCUCCCACGCUCAGUUGGCAAGUAUUGAUUCAGCGUUCGCGCAUAUGAUGAACCUCGAGCAACUGGUUUUGGACAAGAACUACUUUGUCUCACUGCCGCAGCAGCUUGGAGCCUUGAGCCGACUGGAGCAUUUCAGCAUCGCCAAUAACUCUGUUGGCGAGCUGCCCCCACAAAUUGGGUGUCUUACAGAACUCAGGGUGCUAGAUGUGCGAGGAAACAAUAUUUCAAAACUUCCGAUGGAGAUUUGGUGGGCCAACAAGCUCGAGAUUCUCAAUGCAUCGUCCAACGUCCUCGACAACUUUCCAAAACCGGCUUCUCGCCCGCCCCGGGUUCCCGGUGAGGACUCUGGCGGCCCCCCUCCCUCGCAAAACGGCAGAACAGGGCCUCUCGUACCACUGUCGUCCACACCAAGCACGGAAGAACUUGUGGAUGACCGGCGUCCAAGCCAGGCGUCCAGUACUCUGCUGAGUGUUGGCCCUUCACCGGCUCAGAACCCCGACCGCAAGAGUUCUGUUGUAUCUGUGUAUGGCAAAGGCGGCCGUAAAACGUCCGUGGUUUCUCGAACAGCCUCGCAGACUACUUCGUCUACAGUCACACCUCCGCCUUCCACCUCUAGAAAAGACUCUGGACUGUCGUCGAGGUUCACAAAUACAUUUGCGGGUUCACUUCGCAAUCUGUCUCUUGCAGACAACCGACUGGACGACGAUGUUUUUGACCAAAUAACAAUGCUCACUGAGCUUCGCGUUCUUAAUCUUUCAUACAACGAGGAGAUUGGCGACAUGCCUCAGCGGUCCAUCAAGAGCUGGCCGCAGCUCGUCGAGCUGUACCUAUCUGGCAACGGCUUGACUACCUUGCCGGCCGACGACCUUGAGGAGACCAGCUUGCUCCAAGCACUGUAUAUUAACGGAAACAAAUUUACCAACCUACCGGCUGAUAUUUCCAGAGCCAAGAAGUUGGCUGUUCUUGACUGCGGCAACAAUUCGCUCAAAUAUAAUAUUUCCAACGUUCCUUACGACUGGAACUGGAACUUGAACCCUAACCUGCGAUACCUCAACUUGUCGGGCAACAAGCGACUUGAGAUCAAGCAAAGCUCCUGGGGCCCUGGCGGCCCUGGGGCAGUGAAUCGGGAAGAGUACACCGAUUUUAGCAGGCUGCUCAAUUUGCGAGUUUUGGGACUGAUGGAUGUGACCCUCACCCAGCCGAGUAUCCCGGAUCAAAGCGAAGACAAGCGAGUGCGUACUUCUGGUUCGUUAGCCGGUCACCUCCCCUACGGUAUGGCAGACACCCUCGGCAAGAAUGAGCAUCUGUCUACUGUGGACUUGGUCGUCCCUCGAUUCAACUCUUCGGACACAGAAAUGCUUCUCGGUUUGUUCGAUGGCCAAGCGCUUUCGAGUGGCGGGUCAAAGAUUGCCAAGUACUUGCAUGAGAACUUCGGUCAUAUUUUUGCCAUGGAGCUCAAGGCUCUCAAGACGCGCAACAAUGAGACCCCUGUCGAUGCCUUGCGUCGAGCGUUUCUCUCGCUUAACAAAGACCUCGUCUCCAUUGCUGUGCAGCACGCCGAGGACCGUCCUAAGAAGUCGCACAGGGGUUCCGCACAACCAGUCGUUCUCAGCAAGGAAGAUCUCAACUCUGGUGGGGUUGCGACUGUGCUGUAUCUGCAAGGCAUGGAUCUCUAUGUGGCCAAUAUUGGCAAUGCGCAGGCUAUGGUUAUCCAGACCGAUGGCAAGCACCAAAUAUUGACGCAUAAGCACGAUCCUGCUGAACCAAGCGAGCGUUCCCGCAUUCGGGAAGCCGGAGGCUGGGUAUCUCGCAACGGCCGCCUCAACGACCUGUUGGAAGUGUCCCGUGCAUUUGGCUAUGUAGACCUCAUGCCUGCUGUCCAAGCCGCCCCCCAUAUUCGUCAGAUGACCAUUCAGGAGCACGACGAGAUUAUCCUCAUUGCCACAAGCGAGCUCUGGGAGUACCUGUCUCCCGGCCUGAUCACUGAUGUUGCCAGAUCUGAACGCCAAGAUCUCAUGCGUGCUGCCCAGAAGCUGCGAGAUUUGGCCAUGGCUUAUGGCUCUUCAGGCAAGAUUAUGGUCAUGAUGAUUAGCAUUGCCGACUUGAAGCGGAGAAUGGAGCGUUCUCGCUUGCAUCGUGGCACCAGCAUGUCGCUCUACCCAUCUGGCGUUCCCGACGAUGCGCAGGUCCUCUCUACGAGAAGAGGCCGCAAGACCAAGGGAGACGUGCUCGACUCGUCGCUCAAUCGCUUGGAAGCGGAAAUUCCCGCACCAACCGGCAACGUAUCAAUCGUCUUUACUGAUAUCAAGAACUCCACAACGCUCUGGGAAAUGUAUCCUAGUGCCAUGCGAUCAGGUAUCAAACUCCACAACGAAGUCAUGCGACGACAGUUGCGACGCAUUGGUGGUUACGAAGUCAAGACGGAAGGAGAUGCAUUUAUGGUGUCUUUCCCUACUGCUACAUCUGCGUUGCUAUGGUGCUUUGCGGUUCAAAACGAGCUUCUGGAGGUUACUUGGCCGUCAGAAAUUCUCAGCUCCAUGUCGGGCCAGGCGGUGUACGAUAAGGAUAACACACUGAUCUUCAAGGGCCUGUCAGUGCGUAUGGGUAUACACUUUGGUGACUGCGUGAGUGAAACGGACCCAGUCACUCGUCGCAUGGACUAUUUCGGUCCCAUGGUCAACAAGGCGUCUCGUAUAUCGGCAGUGGCGGACGGCGGUCAGAUCACCGUGUCCUCUGACUUUAUUUCCGAGAUUCAACGAUGUUUGGAAAACUAUCAAGAUACCGAUCGCUCUGGGUCCGCAGGAUCUGAAGAAGGAUACGAUGACGAAUCGUAUGCGAGUGCUAUCCGCAAAGAUCUUCGCAGCCUGACGUCGCAAGGUUUUGAAGUCAAGGAAAUGGGCGAGAAGAAGCUCAAGGGCCUCGAAAAUCCUGAAAUUGUUUACUCGCUGUAUCCUCACGCGCUGGCCGGCCGUACCGAGUUCCACGCACAGCAUGAGCGCCGGGACGAGCUCGAGAAGCCCGCGGCUAUUGCCCCUGGCGGCGAUCUCUCGUUUGACCCCGAAAAUAUCUGGGCGCUCUGGAAGAUUAGCCUGCGUUUAGAGAUGCUGUGUAGCACGCUGGAGGAGGUGCGCGGACCGGGGCUGCAGCCACCCGAGACGGAGUUGAUGGAGCGCCUGAAGACGCGCGGCGGCGAGGUGACGGAGCGGUUCCUCGUCAACUUUAUGGAGCACCAGGUUAGCAGGAUCGAGACGUGCGUCUCCACGCUGGCGAUGCGCCACCUUUCCAAGGGCAAUAUAGUCCUUAAGGAGCUCAAUGAGUUGCGAGCCCCCAUGGCGGCCGUCUUUGACCACUUCAAGCAGCAGCAAGAGGAGCUCGCACGAUACAAGGCCCUCUACGGCCCCCUCCCCGACGAGAGCACGAAGCAGAUUGAAGGCAGCAAGGACUAA